AUGCCGAUAGAGAAACGGAAGUCGCAUUCUGCACGUUACCGUGCUUCCCUUGCUCAGAACAUCGCUGAGAACGGUUUUGUCGUUAUGCCUUGCUCUUGGUGCGCGUCGCAAGGCCUCGUUUGCAAAAUGAUCACACAUCGCAUUCUCCAGGAGCAGCGUCGUAUCAAGGAUGCUAAACGUCGUGCCGAACUUAAGCUAGAUAAAUCUUAACGCCGUCUGGAAGAAGCCCAGCGCAAGUUGUCCGAAAAGCUUACGCGGCUCCGGCGUCUUCGUCAGCAGAAGGAGUUUUUGGUAGAGAAAGGUGCCGACAUGGUAGCGCGUGGUCUGUCGACCUUGGACGAGUUGGAGGAGGUUGAGCGGCAAGAGACGCCUGCUAUGCCCUCGUCACAGAUUAAUGAUGCCGUCGAUGCUAUCGACUGGGGCGCCGUCUUUGGUUCUGUCCCGGGUUUUCCUUUGGUCGAUCCGGAUUCUGCCGGUGGAACUGUUCCAGUUUCUUAGGGCAGUUUAAAUUCUUAACUAGUUCCUAUAAGUUAUCCUCUGGUCCAAAAUCAAGCCAUUUGACCAGGU